UGACCCGGCCUGAAGUCGCAAGAAAGAAGUGAGUUAACGCGGGAUCUUUGUUAGCAUUUAUUUGACAAUUCUUUUUCUUUUCUUUUGGAACAGUGUUUGACAAUUGAUUGAAACCACAAAUUAGUCACCAUCUAUACCUUUGUUUCUUUUUUUUUGCUUUGGGAGGAAUCUAUAAUCCAUUUUUCAAUAUUUCAAAGCAAGAAUUCUGUGAAAUUCAAUGCUAAAAGCAAUACAAAAUCUGGGUUUAUCAUCUUCAGGAUUCGUGGCUUAUCGAUGGAAACCAUAUCCACAUGCCACUAGCAGUUUAACCAUAGUCUCCACUAACCCAUUAUCCUAUUCUACUCAUAGAAAAGGACCCACACCAGCAAAGCCUACUAAUGUUUUCUUGUCUCCUUUGUCGAUUCGCAAAGCUACUAUUUGUUUGACGCCAAUUCGUGCCCACUCAACUCGGUCCGAGUCCAAGAUGGAUCGUCCUCCUUCUUCAUCAGUCGCGGUUAGAUCAGCUCAUGUUCGGAACAUCAAGUUUUGUCAGUGGUGUGGUGGUGCAGCAAAGCAUGAGAUACCUGAAGGAGAGGAAAAGUUGAGAGCUAUUUGCACAGUUUGUGGAAAAAUUGCCUACCAAAACCCUAAAAUGGUUGUAGGAUGCCUGAUUGAGCAUGAUAACAAGGUGCUUCUGUGCAAGCGAAAUAUCCAACCAUCAUAUGGCCUUUGGACCCUUCCCGCUGGUUACUUAGAAAUGGGUGAGUCAGCUGCUGAAGGGGCAAUGAGGGAAACCUGGGAGGAAGCAGGUGCAGAAGUAGAAGUGGUGUCACCUUUUGCUCAUUUGGAUAUUCCUCUUAUUGGCCAAACAUACAUAAUUUUCUUGGCGCGGUUGAAAAAGCCCCAUUUUUCACCAGGUGCAGAGUCAUUGGAGUGCCAGCUUUUUUCACUUGACGAUAUACCUUUUGAUUCUCUGGCAUUUUCAUCAAUGUUGGUUACCUUAAAUUUGUAUGUUGAAGAUGUUAAGGCUGGAAGGCUAAAGUUUCACUAUGGCAUCAUUAACAAAAGGCCUGGCACAAGCCCUUCUGAUAUCCGCGCCUUUACUGUUGAUUAUCAUUUUCAGUGCUGAAUUAUGGAAAUUGCUCAAGACAUCUGUUGUGAAAUUGUUGAGACAUAGAAGCAUGAAAUGCUUAGUAGCUGGGAUUGAAAUCCUUUUAUUUUUCAUCCCAUGGGGAGGGGAGAGGGAUUAUUAAAGCGCGGUUUUUUAUGUUUUGAGGCUAUUGACAAGGGAAGGAAUGGAUUCUGUGCUCCACAGGAUUAUGGAAAAAUGCCAUUUCCUCUAAGCUGUUUCAUUUGUAACUGGUCAGCAUAUUGGUUAUAACAUUAGUUGGUAGCUAUACUCCACCCCAACUGUACAGUGAAGGCUAAUUUCCCCUCUUGCAUUGAAGUAAAACCCCGUAACCAUUCGAAUAACUGUUGAUAGUUUUCAUGAUCUUUGGUUUUGCUGCUGGCUUUGAAUUCCCCAGAUAAGUUGAUGAAUGUGGAUCUUCAGAUGAUCUUUUGUUUUCUUA